AGCAAGACAGUGAGCUUUAGAGAGAGAGAGAGAGAGGAGAGGAGAGGACAGGCAGAGAACUGGCGUUAUAGAGAGGGAGAACACGAACACUCAGCAAGAUAACAGGAGAUACGCGUGGGAACAGCAGCCCAGUAGACAGAGACAGAGCAGUGUGUUCACAACCAACGUGUCAGAGCUUGUGGGUCUGUCUGUCUCUGUGUGAGUGUGUGUGUGUGUGAGUGUGUGUGUGAGCUCGGUUGUGCUUUUCCACGGUUCUCCCGAGGCCGUGGCAGCCAUGGCGUCAGAGCCCAGCACCCAGUCCAGGGUGAUGUUCCAGUCGGCGGACAAAACGGAGGAGCCGGCGCACCGCAAGCUGGGCAAGCUGACGGUCAAAUACAACCGCAAGGACCUGCAGAGGAGGCUGGAUAUCGAGGAGUGGAUCGAUGGGCAGCUGCACCUGCUGUUUGACUGCGAGGAGGAGGAGAUUCCAGAGUUAGAGAUUGACAUAGAUGAGCUCCUGGAGCUGACAGACGAAGGGCAGAGAACCCGUCUGCAGGAGCUGUUGCAGGAAUGCGGAAAGCCAAAAGAGGAUUUUAUCAACGGGCUGCUCUACAGGAUAAAGGGUCUACGCAAAAUGUCAGGUCCCUUGAAGAAGUAAUUAUAGGUCAAAUAAAGAAUUGAGACAAUGUGAAGCCUCUUAUCUUCCCAUCUUCCAUUGCGUUAACUCUAACAUGUCAGUGGGACUCUUUGCCCCUUCCCUUUCUGGGUCAGCAUCAGUCUUAACAACAGAGCAGUCGGGUUUUGAAUGGGAUUUUUUUAUUAUUAUUUCAUUUUAAUUUAUGGACUGCUAUAACAUUUUGUCUCCCAUAAACAUACCAAUAAUGCACAUGUGAUAAAAGUUGUACUGACUAUUACUCAGACGGACUGCUUUUUUUUUUGUGUAAGACUGUACAUUUUCGGUUGCCUAUUUAUGUACAUAAGUAUUUUUUGUUCUGAUAACAGUGUUGUAUGUCGAAAUAAAAUUGAACAUUUUCAAGACAA